CUGCGGGUUGAGAGCAUAUUUCUGCUAGGUGCGGAGAGUCAGGGAGCAUGGCAGCAGUUGAACAAGUUGUCGCACCCUUAUCCGUCUAAAUCUGGCUGAGUAUACAGCAGUCCGUCAAAUAAACGUCUCGUGGACAUACCGUGCUCCGGGUCAGCUGAACAGAGCUACAGAUCACGAGACUGUUGUUAUUGCACCUGAGGAUACAUAAAAGUGACAAUGUGGACGGUUGUGCUGGCUGUGAUGGUAGCUCUGCUGCCAUGUGUAACCCCCCAGUAUAGGUCCUCCGACACCCGGGUGUGGCACGUGAACCAAUACCCCGAUCCUUGGUGGUUCCCAGAGCAGUGUAACCGUGACAACAAAUCGGCUGUCUGUGAUCCUAAUGGCAUCGUUACCAAACAACAAGCCAAUGACAUCGACCGGUUGAUCGAAGCUGUUGCUGUAGACACGCGCUGCCCCUGCUACGACUGUGUGAGCAAUCAGCGUGGUUAUGUCAUCCGUGUGGCUCUCAUGCAUCAAAUGGAAAACCUUCUGGAGGAAGGUGAGGAAAUCAUGGACCGAUUGAAGAACGCUCGACUGUUCGCCUACCUCCUCACAAAGAGAUGGAAACUGACUGGCAACUGUAACGAAACGGUUCUCAUCGUUUACUCCAAGGCCGACAACGUGCUGUACACAAUGACGGGCACGUCAGCAGGCAGGGCGUUGAAGGACAACCUGAUUGUGGAGAUCACGGUCGAUGUCAGGCCUUUCUUUGAUGACGAGGACACGAUCACCGAGGGAAUCAAGGAGAUGAUUAGACGAUACAGGGCAGUCUUCAAGAAAACCUACUCCCGGGCCGAGGCAGGCACUGGCUCAUUCCCUCGCGACAGGGACAACGCAGCAGAACUGGUUAAGCUGUCUCCAGUUUUAUGUCUGUUUACGAUGACGAUGCUAAUCUUCUCCUAACUUCAUAUUUCCAUGUUGUAAUGUAACUGUGAUGUACUUACAAUAAGCCGCUACAAACCAUGCACUCGACAACACUCGGCUAUAUUGAGCUGACUUGUUUCCCUCUCCACCCAACUCAGUAGCCGUGCUAUAAUACCCGCUGUAGUGUCGCAGCCACCACACCAGUCCUAUACCUGUAAUACUGUCGAACCUGCCACAAUAGUGGUGUUCUUGUAGUAUUGUUGAAUCGCUGUGAACCCAACUGACUAUAUUCAGCCCGGGAGACACUGAACCAAGUACAUCGUGCUGUGGUGAGGAAGGCUAGAGUAUCUGUAUGUCUUGUAUUCCUCUCAGAGUCACACAACCCAAACACACAGUGGCCACGUACCCUGAUAUAUACUGAACCAUGUAUCUGUCAUGUAUCCAUACAUCGAGACCAUGUGCCUUGCCACACAGAUGUCACGUACC